AUGUGUUCCCAAGGAGAUGAAAAGGAAAGAGCUAUGAAAUUAUCCAUGGAGGCCAUAGAAAAGAUAGAAGGAGAGCUGAAAGGAAAUAAGUUUUUUGCAGGGGAAGCAAUUGGAUAUUUGGACAUUGCACUAGGGUGGACCACUUACUUGUUGCCUGUUUGGGAUGAAGUUGGCUCCAUGACAAUUGUUGACCCAUCAAAGUUUCCGGCCACCGUGGCAUGGAUGCACAACUUUCUCAACCACCCUGUGAUCAAGGACAAGCUACCACCAAGAGAGAAGAUGAUUGUGUAUUUUCGAUUGGCGUAGCUGAGAAGCAGCUGCCGCUAUAGCCUCAGCCGGGAAAUUAGGUCAAUAAAAAUUUACGAACAUUUUAUUCUACCAAAC